AUGUUGAAGCGAUCAGCUGUGCCAAGUGGAUCCAUUUUAAUAAACUGGAAGGAAGGCGUAAAAAAAAUAAUGAACAAGUGGGGAGUACUUGAGAAAAACAAAGAGGAGAGUCCAGAGGUGCACCCCUUAACGAAUUGCAGGUGGGAAAUCACGACCUUCAAUUUUCUUCUACAAAAGAAGACUUCCUUUUUCCUUCACAUACACGAAAAUGGGACCGUAAAAAUGUCUGACGAUGUACAAGGCACGUGGGUAUACAGCAAUUAUUAUUUAACUUGGAUCGUGGAGCAUGAGGACCGACGUGUCUUCUACACAGCGGAGCUCCUCUGGAAUGGCGACAAAAGCAAAUUGGUCAAGGGCAUCAUUUAUGAGGAGAAGAAAGGACGGCGCUUCUUCCUACCUGCGUAUUUUUUUCGCAAAAUCCUUGGGUCCUUCGAAGGACGCGUGUCCGUGGAAUCACCUACGACGCAGCAUGUGGAUGAUGCCUUGUAUGAUCCUGCGUAUAAUUUGUAUCACAAUAUUCACAAGGAUCCUUCUCGUGGCGAUGGAGAUGAUACCAUACCCAUAUCGUAUAACUUGUUUGACCAGAUUUUUUCCUCUCUCGUUUUUUACAUAACCAAUGAAAUCACUUCGACUAGAACGAGGAUCCAUGUUCAAAUUAUUUUUACAGAACACACCAAAGUUUGUCACAUCAUCGUAUUCUAUCAGGGGAGGAGGGGAGGGGCGUUUAUUGGCGCGGACUGCAGCAACACAAGGGGCGUGUUGGCGGAGGGCGUGACGGUGGGGAACAUAAAAUAA